AUGACUUACACUCAAUUGCUACCGUAUCUGAUUCAUAAUGGGAUUGUCGUGCCAAGGGCAUUACCUCCAAUGCCGAAGCCGCAUAAGCCUUGGUAUGAUGAGAAUGCUAGAUGUGCCUUUCAUGCUAAUUCAGAGGGUCAUACAACAGAGAAUUGCAAGGUGUUAAAGCUUCGGGUCCAAGAGUUGAUAGAUCAGAAAGUAUUGUCUUUUGCUGAUGUUCCAAAUGUGGGGAACAAUCCUUUGCCUAAACAUGAUAGUUCAGGUGUCAAUGCUAUAGAAAGUUCAACUGAUGAUGGAUUGAUAAAGGAUGUGUUCAAGUUGAAGACUCUUUUAACAGUGGUCCAUGCUAGAUUGAUGGAAGCAGAAUUGAUGAAUGGAAUACAUGAUAAUUGUGUGGUGUGUUCGUCCAACCCUGAUCAGUGUGGUGAAUUCAAAAUUUAUCUUCAACGUUUGAUGGAUGAGCGGGUUAUUCAGUUCACUAGAGCAAAGAUUGAUGAGGACGUUGCUGUGAUUGUGCCUGUGUUUGAUCAAGAGAGGCUUCCCAAGCCUUUUGUGGUCCCUUAUCAGAGAAAUGUUGACCUAGAGCCACUGAAGAAAAUUGAGCCCAUGGUUAUCCAUGUUCCCGCUCCAUUCUCAUUUGACAAUACGAAAGCAGUGCCUUGGAACUAUGAGCCUGUAGUUUAUGUGGGUAACAAACCAGUAAUCUUGAAAGAGCCAGACGUGACUAACAUCGCUGGAGCUAGUGGUGUGACUCAAAGUGGAAGGGUUUUCGCUCCUGAAGUGAUCCCAAACAAAGAAAGUGCACCAACAGUUGAACUAACAAAGGGGAAAGAGGUAAAUCCUCCAGAAGCAGGAGAAGGCUCAUCUAAGAAAGCAGUGACUACUGAAGAGGAUAGAGAAUUCUUGAUGAUCAUCAAGAAGAAAGACAUUAGUGUUAUUCAGUUUGAUAAUGUGGUUGCUAAUCUCAAUGCUAGUAGUUGUUUGAUGUUCACUGAUGAUGAUUUACCCCCUAAUGGGCGAGAACAUAAUAUGGCGCUUCAUAUCUCCAUUCAGUGUACAGAUGUCACUUUGGCUCGAGUACUGGUAGAUACAGGUUCAUCCUUGAACGUGUUACCUAAGACUACCCUGGCACAAUUUAAUAUUGAAGGGGUGCAGAUGAGACCCAGUGCUUUGAUAGUGAAAGCUUUUGAUGGGUCUAAGCGAACAGUUAUUGGGGAGAUUGACCUCCCAAUCCUGAUUGGUCCUCAAACUUUCCGUAUUACCUUCCAGGGGGUCAUGACCUCGUGGAAGAGUGUGAAAGCUGCAAUUGAAGCUGGUUGCCCUGGAAGUUGGGGCACAGUGAUUGAAUUACCAGAGAAGAAAGACAAGUGUGGAUUAGGAUAUCAGCCGUCUAUUGAACUUUUCAAAGAUCAGAAGAUACAUCAGGGGAAGGUUCCUAGCAUCCAGGAAAUAUUCUCCAAAGCUGGUUUCCGAAGUGAUGAUCAAGUGAAUGCUCUUGAAGAUGAAGAUCCAGAUUUGUCCAAGAUGGUGUUUCGUGGACCUCCGGAUGCCGCUCUCACUAACUGGAAGGCAACAGAUGUUCCGGAUAUAGUUUCUUUUUCAAAGUAA